CGUAUGUGCAUUACUUCAUUGCGAAGGAGGAGAUUGUACUACAGUUUCUCGUUUCAUCUUGAGAACAAGAACGCUACCUAUUCUAGCAGACUUGUAGAAUGACGACAAGUGUGGUUUCAUCGCAAGUGGGGUCUCAAGACGAAAGCGAAAACGACAAGUUGGAAACAGAAUGUGUUUUCCGGGGAUUCCUCAAGUCAAAAGCAAGCCAAGACAGACAGGACGACAUAGAGCGAGCUAUCGAAGGUGAACUGGAGGCAGACGAGCCUUCCUUGAUCAACCAGCAACGAAAUAAGCAAAUCGGCUCACAACUCGCAGCAAUCGCAGACCAACUCGAUGUUCAAUACAGACAUGUUAUCGACGGUCUAAUCGACGAGCUAAAGCUUACCUCUGAAAACGCAUAUGACAACUUUGCUGUGCUGGCCCGCCGCCUUUUGGCGAGAGGUGUCACUUGGGGUAACAUUGUCGUUCUCUUUUGCUUUGGAUACCGCGUCAUUCUACGGUUCUUUUCGCAAAAUAUUCCGAAUCUUAUAAGGAGCUUGUCUGACAUAAUGGUGCGCUUCGUUGUUACCGAGAAGAUAUCACAGUGGGUGAAAGACCAUGGAGGAUGGAUUCAAGUGUUGAAUGCUGGAAUUGGCCUAGAGUCUCCGUGGUAUCACUACGGGGCGGUUGCUGUCGGACUCAUAAGUAUUGUCGCUCUAGUCGUUUGGUGGCGGAAAUAGUUUUCAUUGAAUGACAGUGUAUGCUGUAUUAUAUUGUUGUAGCUAGCGCACUAUUAUUAAUUUACACUCAUAUUGCUACUCUAA